GUUUCACCUUUAUUAAUGCAAUAAAACUGUUAAAACUUAUAAACUGUUUUCAAUACGUGGUUGACAAUUGAUACGAACUACAGAGUGUCUGCGUAAUAUCAGAGUUGAGUUGGUUACUUGAGAGCCAAGCUGAGCUUGUUCACACGGCCUACAAUAAGUUGAAGCGAAGUUGUGAUAUAAAUUUGCGUCGAGUACAUUCACUAACGUGAAACUAGGGCGAGCCCCCUACAAUAUUAUUAUAAACUUGAAACAUUUUAUGCGAAGAACAUACAUUAUUUUGACUCGUUUUGUUAUACGGCCGUUGCAAUUGUUAACAAGCAUCAGUAUAGAACGCAUGGAUGUAUUUGGUGAUUUCACUUUGUAACAAGGCUAGAAAUUACGUGUAAUUGAUAAUAACUGGAAUUAUUACAGCCAUUGGACGUCUUUUUGUGAGGUUCACUAGAUGAUUUUUUGGCUAAUAACGAUGCCAAUUUCAACCAUUUUAGAAGAAAGACCUAUAUAUUGUAUUUUCAUGACUCUCUGUGUGAAACUGCCUUUACAAUCUUCUUAGGAAAAAAUGAAUCGACUGAUGAUUGUCGCCAUAGCGGUGGCCCUAGCGCUGCUCAUAACGACUCCACGAACGGAGGGCUGUUCCUGCUUACCACGGGAUACCGAGGAUAUGUAUUGCAACUCGGACUACGCGGCCAUUAUUGUACUCAAGAACAUAUCUGAACCUUUCUAUGAGAAUGACAUGGACCAAGGACCUUGGAAUAUGGUGUAUGAAUAUGGCAUCGAGGUUGGGUUUGAUUUCAAGGAUACAAUCUUCCCGAAUCCUUUGCUUCAAGCCAAGAGUAACUCAGGGCUGUGUGGUGUCGAUUUUCAACCUAAUGGAACCUAUCUCAUCAUUGCCAACUUCGCAGACAAUAUGAGGCCUGGGGAAGAUGGACUAGUUCUCAGUUCAUGGUCGUGCGCUUUCAACCGUUACUUCGACAUGUCAGAUAAGUAUAAGGCCCUGGGCGAGAUGUUUUCAUACUUGCCCUUUCUAUUUGACAAGUUGGGCGACGAUUAUUCGUGCGAAAAUGUCACUGAGAAGCGUACGUCGAAGAAGUCACAUUCAACACAGGAAAAAGAUCUUGGGGAUUUGUCGGCUCUGCAAGAACAGGCUAGGAACAACCCAAUAGACCUGCAACGGAAAGUCGAUGUGCAGGCGGGGAGAGACAGGCUUCGCCAACUUCUCCAGACUGCGUUUCAGAAUUGAAACGGUUGAGGAAAAUGGAUUGGAACACUGUACUGUUUAUCGAACACAUGCAUUGUGUGUUUUGUAAAAAAGCUAUUUGAUGUACAUAAAGCAAUAUUCAAGAA